AAUAAAUAUAAAAUAAGUAAUUAAUUAAUAAAUUAAUUUAAAAGAUAAUUGCAAAUUCAAUUAAUAUGAAAGCAUUAUUUAAAGGUACUUAGUUCUUAUACAAAUAGAGCUAGAGUUUCAAGUCCCUCUAGUUUUAGAGCAAGAGAUUUUUUAACUCUUAAGAAAUUUAGUUUUUGUAGCUUAAAAGCAACAUGCACAAAGUUUAGCACAAUGAAAUAGUAAUGAGAGUUAAGGACGAGGACUUAAGAUUAUUAAAUGAAGAAGAAAAUAGAAGACAGCCUAUUAUUAAAAAUUUCUUCACAACUAUGAAUGAAGAUUUUAAUAUAAAGAUUUAUGAGCACAAAAAUAUUAACCAUGAAGAUAAGAAUGUCAGCUAUCCUAGAAACUCUUAUUAUAAAGUAGUAUUCCCAUUAGAAAAAAAUACAAUGAUUAGAGAUAGGUUUACUAACUACUUCUCUGAUGGGUUGAGAUAUGGUAGAAUUCUCGAAGUUCUUGAUUACAUAGCAGCAUAUAUAUCAUAUAGACAUUGUUAUACAGAUAUUGGACAAAGACAUGUUACUAAUGUCACCGCUUGUGUAGAUAAUAUGAAUUUCUAUUCAUAAAUGAAAAAUGAUAAAGAUUUAGAAGUAUAAGGAUACAUUACUUAUGCUGGUACAUCUUCUAUGGAAAUUUAGCUCGAUUUAUUUUAAGAAGGAGACUUGAAAGCAAGUGCAUUAUUUUUAAUGGUUGCUAGAGAUGCUAAUGAUAGGUCAAAAAGCUACCAAGUUCCUGUUCUUAAAUUCGAAGGUGAGUAGGAUAUACAAAAAUGUUAACUAAGAGAACAUUUAGGAGUUAAAAAUACAAUCAAAAGAAAGAAAGAAAAGUUAGAAUCCCUUUAAAAUAAACCACCUAACUAGCAAGAAAUAUUUGAGAUCCACCAAUUCUUUUCAAAUAAAAACUAGUUUUUAGCAGAACAAAAAGACCAACAAUCUAUCUAAAUUUCAGCUACUACUUUUGAUAAAAACUUAUUGAUGCAUAAACAAGAUAGAAAUAUUCAUGGAAAUAUCUUUGGUGGACACUUGAUGAGAGAAGCUAUGGAAAUGGGAUGGCUUGCAGCUUUAAUACAUUCAAAAGGAGAUUACCCUUUGACUUGCCAUGUAGAUGAUUUCCAAUUUUUAAAACCCGUAGCUGUAGGAUCAAUUAUUAAUUUUGAGGCAAAAUUAGGUUAUGUAGUGAAAAAUAUUAUGUAAGUUGUGGUAAACUGCAGUAUUGUAGAUACAAAUAAGUGUAGAACUAAAUCUAAUGAUCUUCAUAUAACCCUAGUAGCCCCUAAAACGGUUUAACUACCUAAAGUUAUCCCUUAUUCUUAUGAAGAAGCAAUGAUAUAUCUAGAUUGCAAGAGGAGAUUGGAUAAAUUGCUAUUUUGAAAUCUAAGCUACAUUUUCUCUAAUUUAUAUGAUGAAAUAUAUUAUUAAAAUAAUUUAAUAAAAUAAAAUUUAUGUUUUUAUUAAUGAAACUUGUAAUUAAAUAAUUUAUAAUUAUUUAGAGUAUUAAAUAUAUUAACAUUUUUACUUCUUA